CGGCGCAGACUCAACAUCCCAACCUGUUACUUUGAGACCGAUAAACCUUUCAGAAGUUUCCUGAAUCAUUUAAGGAAUGACGUAGAAGUUCUGAGGAAAAAGUCUGAGAAAAAAGUCUGAUGUCUCUGUUCUGCGCCGCGGACGACCAGCCACCCCGCGGUUCGACAUGGUGUUCCCGAAACCGCGCCGGUGUCAGCGAGACCCGGACUUGCUGCACAAGAUACGCCACUUGGUGCUGCUCGGCAGGUUCACGCUGGGCUGGCCCAUCCACCGGACGCACCACGGCUACCAGAGGCUGCCGCUUUGGUCCUGCGCCGCGGCACUCCGGCUCGCCUGGAUGGCCGUCCUCUUCGGCUACGUGACCUUCGUCAUCCAGGCCUCCAUGAGCGGCUUCUACAGCGUCCAUUUCGUCGAGAAGAUCGUCAAGAUCUUCCACCUGAUCAUGGAGUCCUGGCUGCUGCUCGUGCCCCUGGUGCACUGGACCGCGGCGGCCGGCGUCGCCAACUACUUCAACUCCUGGCGCCGGUUCCAGGCGCGCUGGGUGCGCGUGACGGGGACGCCGUUCGAGGAGGCCGUCAUCCGGGAGAGCACCGCCAACUGGCUGGCGACAGCCAUCGUCACAGCCGCCGUCUCCUUCCUGUUGGCCGAAACGCAGGUGGCGCCGGACAUGUACGCGUGGAAGUGGCCGCUGUACAGCGUGUCCGUCGUGAGCUACGCCAGCGACAUGACCGUCUGGUGCGUGCUCACCUACCAGAUGGGCAACGUCUGCCGCGAGCUGCGUCGCCACUUGAAGCGCGAGCUGGACGCCGGGCCGGUGCCGGUGGAGGUCCUGCAGGAGUACUUUCUGCUGUGGCUGCGCCUGCGCGACCUGCUGCUGGGGCUGGUGCCCGCCAACGAGCUGGCCUGGGUGCGCUGGAUGGCCUUCAUGGGCAUCACGGCCAUCUUGUCGCUCUUCGUGACGUGCGCCACCGCCGUCAUCGGGGACUACCGCCGCGCGCGCUCCCUCAUGCUCUCCAACCUGUGCCACCUGUCCUACAUCAUCGCCGUCGCGGUCAACUGCGGCUUCGCGGAGCACGAGGUGGGCCGCGGGCUGAGGAUGGAGCUGCUGGCACUGCGGAUGCAGCGGCUGGACCCCGAGUGCAGGGACCAGGUGUUCCGCUUCCUGCUCAUCAUGCAUCGCGCCAAGGUCAGGGUGGUCCUGGGCGGCGGCCUGGUCGUCAACAAGAGCCUGCCCGUCAAGUUCUCCAACCUGGCCCUGACGUACAUGACGGUGCUGGCGCAGUUCACGCUGGCCGUCGGGCUGAACGCGAGGGAUGACAAGUGAAGCCCGGACCAGCGCCCGAUUAAAGACCAAAGCAAAGCCAGCAAAGCAACUUUUUUUAAAAAAAAAUUCUUUGAAGUAGUCUUUGCCCGAUGACGACGUCCUGGUGUUCGUGGUUCACGAAGACCACGAGGUACUUGUCGUAGUGGCCCAGGACGCCUCUCUUUGCAGCCAGGGAAACGAGUCCAGGC